GUAAAAGAGGUGUGGUUAUCCAGUGGAGGUCGGGCGCCAGGGAAGAUGGUGGUUUAGUGAUCGUGUAAUAGCUGGUGGUGAAGGAAGCCUCACGGAGAGCGCGCUGCUGCAGUGAACCGAGUUUUAUUUUCAGUUUUCCUUUGUUACUCUUUGUUUUUGAGUUCUCUGCUCAGGCUCCGGCAUGGAGAUGAAGAAGAGGGUCAGCCUGGAGCUGAGGGACAGAAACCCCGUUGAGGUGUGUAACUACAACUGUGUGAUUUAUAUUUAUUUAUUUCAGGAGAAACGGCUCAAGGAUGCGAGCUCGACCAAUAUGACGAUGCUGAAAAGAUUCCGCACGAUUGGACGUCGAGUUUUCCCCGAUAAACAUUAAAAAAACAACCACCUCUGCCGACAUUUUGACCCAGAAACGGCUUCAUUUCCGCGCCAACAUGGAGGAGCUCCACGGGCCGGUGCGGGAGGAGCCCGCCGCCUGCACGCUCUCCUCUGUCGCGCGCUGAGUUCUCGAGACUCCCCGGAGCUUCGCGCGAGCCGCCUUCGGCUAGCACACGAGCUAACAUGCUAGCUUGGAGCGCGCCCAGCCCUCAUGAUUAACCGGUGGUUGGGAUUAGUCGGCUGGGGGUCGGUGCGAGGACUCGGUAGUACGGAGGAAAAAAGUCUUAGUAUGACUGUUUGGUGUCGGUUACUUUUCUGUAAACACCCCCGGAGCACUGACCGCGGACCGGGCUCGUAUUUUAACCUCAAUAUGAAUCCCUGACGCCCCGCGUUACACAGUUUGUUACACACGAUGCUGUAAUCUGAUGGCGCGUCCAAGCGGACCCCAUUCAGAAAUCCCCUUUAUAAAAGUAUUCUCAGUUAAAUGUCCAUCUCUUCCUCUGUCACGCUAACAGUUUUGCAUUCUUUCCAUUUACCAGGCUCUUCUCUUGAAUUCGUCUCACAUCAGACCCAUCAAUAGUGCGUCUUUUAGAUUAGGAGUAACUUUAAGGACCGAGUCUAGCCCCUGUUCCCGCCUGUGUUUAGAUGGUUUUAUUGACGGGUGUAAAGACAAGAGAUAAAAGUAACCUUGCCUCAGUUUUGGUGUGAGGCAGCUUAAACGUGUCCCGGUCAGAUUACACCCAAAGUGAAACGAAAGUGACAUCUUUGGACUUUGUCAUGAUUUAUCUGAACGAUUACUGGUUAGCAAUCUCUAAAGGCAGCUGUGUCCCUCCUUAACCAAACACGAUAAACUAAAACUAAUUUAUCUGUCUGAGGCGCAGUUUACCGAGAGGUUAAGCCUGGGAGUAUUUUUACGACUUUAUAUUCAUCAAAGAGUGUUUAUCAGAAGAGGUGUACCACUCUACAGAGUUGGGCGGUAUGUCCAGGUGAAUCACAUCUUAAACUACAAAAAUAGCAUUUCCUUGCAGAAAAUGCAUGGAAAUGCUGAGUGCUGAAAGCUGAAAAAGCAAUGCAAAACUGCGAAAAAAAUGGAGGAAGGUUUAAGUGUGAAAUUGUUUAAAGAGCUGGAGAAAGAAAAGUAGAAGUUGGAUGAAAGUGAAAAUUACUGAAGUACAAAUAGUAUGAAUGUGCUUCAACAAUUAAAACUGCAUUCAUGCUGAAUAAGGCUAGAAAACUGUAAUUGCCAAAAAUGGAUAAGGAAGAAAAUUACCUUAAAGCACAGAAAAGUGAGAAGUGGCAUAAGUUUAAGUUGUAGUACUGGAAGUAGUAUGAUAAUAGGUAGUUGUAGUAGUGAUAUUAGUAGUCAUGUAAGCAGUAGAAGUAGUUUUAGAAUAGAAGAAGUAGAAGUCAAAGCAGUAGAGCUCGUGGUAGAAGUAAAGAAAAAAUAUUAAGAGAAGCAAGAGCAGUGGAGGUAGAAGUGAAGAUACAAGUUAAAGUGACAUAAGUAGUAAUUGUAGUGGUAGAACUGGGAUUUUGUUUGAAGAAUUAAAACAUACAUAAAUAAUGAGAAUGAUUUUGAAGUGGGAAAAUUUUUGAAUAAUUAGAAGUCCUAAAGUGUUAAACAGGUUUGAAGUAUCAGAAAGGUUUGAAUCAGUUUGAAUGAGUUUGGAUUUGUCUGAAGAAUUUAAUAAAGCAUGAAUAAUGAUAAUAAUUUUAAAGUGGGGAAAAGUUAAAUGAAUAAAAAUCCUGAAUACACCCCAUAAUGUCCUCAAUGAGCUGAAUUUUUGGAGCCCGGAAUGGUGUCUGUAGCUCAAAGUUUGUAGUCCUUGCUUUGUGGGUCUUUUCUCAUAGACCUCACAAAGCAGCAAGUACAAGAAUGUCUGUGUGUGUGUGUUAAUUAAUGCAUCUUAACAGGUAACAGACAUUAAAGGCAUUAACUGACCUACUGUUUGAAUGAGAAGCUGCCUAUCUGCAGUGAAUUUAGGGCCUCUGAACUUCUUCACAUAGCAUGAUUUCCUUAAAUCCCAGAAUGAAAAUAAGAACAUCGUACGAAUCUUCCGCCCUUCAUGAACACAAUGACAUGUUUUUCAUGUCUGUACUCCAAAAAAUGUGGCCACAACAGCGAGUUAAAAAGGUCUGAGCCUGAGUGAUGAUCAGGAUUUUCUUGGAGAAAAAAUACAUUUGGGUUAAUGGGAGAGAUCUCCGCCUAUUUGGACAGUUGGUCACCUGCUGGCCAAGGGGUAGAUUUAAUGAUUUGAAACCUCUUUUGUGAGAAGCAGGACACAUAUACCUCCAUUUUGAUGUAUUUUUUAUGGCUGUGUAGUGAAAUUUGUGGGCGUGGGAGUGAUAUAUUCGAGCGAGGUUCUGUCGAUCCAAGAGCAGCUGUCCACUCUAGCGAUGACAUCAUAACUCUAGCCUCUCCAAUACACACCCAUUAUAAAGCCUGAAAUUUGCUGAAAACCACGAGUUGCUUAAAGCUAAAUUGUGGAAAGGCUGUAGGAGAUAGCACAAAAAAGUGCAUACAACAUUAAUAGUCGACAAGUGAAUGAACAUUUUAAAGCAAAAAUGAGGUCUCUAGAUGAAAGCAUGCUGAAGUUAUAAGGCUGAGAAGGUGGAGGAGUAAAAGGGAGAAUUUGAAGAUUUUCCCAUUCAUUUCAAUGGGAAAAAAUUUGCACAAAAAGUAAAAAAUAUCAAAAAGUAUAAGGGGUAGAAAAGUGAAAAAUACAUCUGCACUUGUCCUGAAGGAGAGGAAUAGUUUAAAAGUUGAACGGUUAAAAUAGCACAAAGUAUGAAGGAGUUGAAAAGUUGCAAAAAAGGUGCAUAAUAAUAAUAAUAAUAAAGAAAUAGGAGAAUAACAAUAAGUGGAAAUGCUUAAUCAGCAUUUCCACUUAAUUAAAGUGCAUGAUUUUACAACUGAAGCACAAAUUUACCGGUGUUAAGCUUUGUUUGCAGCUGUUUUAGAGGAUAUCCAGCCGGCACCAUUGGCCAUGUUUGAGAAGUAUCAAAGGUUUAGUUUGUUGAAACAGAAUCAAAAGCAAUUUCUGGAGUAGAUGUGGAUCAGAUGCAGUUUUUCGAUAGCUAAUGCCAAUACCCUCAAUGAAAGGUCCACAGAUGGCUGAUAUAUAAUUAUAUCAAUUUCAUUUGCAUUUGACAAAUGGAUGAUGGGAAAAUAGUGUUUCCAGUUGAAAGAUGAAGUGUUUUGGGCUCUCUGAGAGCGGCUGCUGAUAUGUUGUCCAUCACGUCUAAAUGCUAUGAAAGGCCUAACAGAUUUAUCAGUUUAUUUCUAAUCUAGAAGUCAGAUACUUCAUUGAAAAGCUCCCUUGCAUUCCCCUCCCAUUAAUGAGGGAAUGGAAUGGAACCAAAUAUGCAGCUUCCACAGAGUCAAAUUUCUGCUCCUUUAAAACUUCACGUCAUCAACAGUAACUAAGAACGUAAACGCUGCACACCUGUUGAGGUCUGUGAAACACCUUCAUCGCCUCCAUGUUCCACUUUCACACAGCUGCAGAGCUCCUGAAGAUAGAUAAUCAUAUUUCAUGUUGGUUAUCACCUCUAGCCGUCAGCUCCAGAUUAGUGUCCUGACCUGAAGUUUCUGCCUGCUCAGAACCAUGGGAGAGAAGUUCGUUACUGCCACCUUGUGGACAAACUGCAGAACUGCAUCAGUGUUUUCAGAGUGUUUGAUGUUUUUGUAAUUGACUUAAAAAAACAAAAAGAGAAAAGUUUGAUCAUGUGGAGUUUGGCCGAUCGCUCAUGAUAAUCGGAGCUGGGGCAUCUGAAAUGUUUCCUAAAAUUCACGUUGAAAAGGAUCCAGAAUACAAAACCACACGUUUUCGAUGAUCACCUGCUGUGGAGUCCUCAGUCUGUGGUUGUUCUGAUCCAGACCGUAGGAAAUGUUCCUGUACAGCACCUGCCCAUGGCGCCACAAGCACCACCUAUUGUUUUAAAACCAGGAGCCUCCAGAUGCCGGGAUAAUCAGAAGUCUCAACAUGGUGAGAUGCACCUAGGCACCACAUCCUAAGUGUGUGUGUGUGUGUGUGUGUGUGUGUGUGUGUGUGUGUGCGCGCGCGCGCGCGGGUUUGUGUGUGUGCGUGCACGCAGGUGGUGGAGCUGGUGGUGAACAACUGUCAGUCAGCUGAUGGCGAGGUGGAGGGUCUGACAGAUGAGUACACAGAGCUGGAGAUCCUCAGCAUGGUCAACGUCGGCCUCAGCUCGCUCUCCAAACUGCCCUCGCUGCCCAAACUACGCAAGGUCCACCCUGAAUCCCUGUUUCCUAUCAUGCAUCUGUUUUCCUCCCGCCUAAACUCGCUCAGUCUUUGUAACGCCGCCGUGUUUGUGUGUUUUAGCUGGAGGUGAGUGAUAACACCAUCUCUGGAGGUCUGGACUCGCUGGCAGAGAAAUGUCCCAACCUGACGUACCUGAACCUGAGCGGGAACAAAAUCAAAGAGCUGAGCAGCGUGGAGGUUCUGGUAAGUCCUGCUGGACAGGUGAGACUCUCAGGUGAGUCACUGUUCGUAUCAGCUCAGGAUUUAGUACCAGCUCUGACCGUGUGUCCUGUCUGGCUCCUGCAGCAGAACCUCAAGAACCUGAAGAGUCUUGACCUGUACAGCUGUGAGGUGUCCACGCUGGAUGACUACAGAGAGAACGUCUUCGAGCUGCUGCCUCAGCUCACAUUCUUGGAUGGAUACGACCAGGAGGACAACGAGGUGCCCGACUCUGAGGCUGACAACGGUGAGAGGAAGCUGGAGCUCAGGGCGCCGUGAUUUACUGAUGACCCUGAACGCCACACCAGACCCUGACCUUCAUCUCCGGACCUCUUCAAAGAGUCUCAUAACCAGAACUUUAUUUCUCUUCCUGGUCAGACGACGACGAUGAGGCUGGUCCCCACGGAGACGAGGAUGAUGAUGAGGAUGACGAUGAGGACGAGGAUGAGGAGGAUGGUUCUGAAGGAGAUGAGGAAGAGGUCGGUCUGUCCUACCUGAUGAAGGAGGGGAUCCAGGUGAGUCUGCAGAAUCCAGCAGGGGGGUGGGGUGGGGGCGACAUUUUAAUUUGAAACUGAUGUGUUUUUACUUCCUGUCAGGACGAGGAGGAUGAUGGAGACUACGUUGAGGAAGAGGAGGACGAGGAGGACGAGGAAGAUGGAGGUUUGUGUUUAGAUAGUUUUAGACGCUCGGAAGGAAGUGAAAUCUUUGAGUUAUGCUGUGUUCGAGUAACCUCGAAAGUCAGAUGUUGGAGCUGAAAAUGACUGAAAAUGAGUUCCCAGUGGGAACAAGGUGGCUACAUCUACGAAAGUUUUCUUAGUGCUUGAAUAUAAGGCAAGCACUAAAAUAACUUUGAUAACGAUAAUAACUGUGAUUUCCGAGGAAAUCUGAACGCAGCAUUAGUUUCUGCUUCCUGGUUAAAGAAAAUGACCUGUGGAGCUCAGCAUCAUCACCAACUGUUUAAUCAGCUGCUUCUGAAUGAUUUUAGAUGCUGUCAGAGUUCUGCCGAUCAAAACACGGUCAAGCUUUAUGUUGAAAGUGUCUGCUAGCUUUCAAAGCUGUUUUAUUUUGAAGUCCUCUGUCUGUUUCUGUCAGAUGUGGAUGCCGCCGACGUAAGAGGGGAGAAGAGGAAGCGAGAUGCAGAGGACGAAGGCGACGAUGAUGACGAUGAAUAAUCCAAUAACCUUCAAACACUGAAACACCUGGACCCCACCCCCACUUCACUGCAGUGACCUCUGACCCCGCCUGGCGGCUGACCUCAGAGCUGCAGACUGACAGUUAAUUCACAUAAACAGACUGAGUUUUAGGUUUGACCGUUAAAACUGUUCGUUUGUGAAAUCCUUGCUGAGAGCGGCGCUGACCCGUCGACCUGGUUACACACUUUAGAAUUUCCAAACAAACAUCUUGAUGAAAGUUCAGGAGGAGCUGGUCCGACUUCGACCUGCAGAGGAACAUCAAGAGGCGAUGAUACGUUUACUGUCCGUAGGAGAAAGGACCGCCUCCUGAUCUGAUGAUGAUGUUUUAAGCAGAGGUCAAAGGUCACUGUGGUCCCGUUAACUGAAAUAUUUGAAGAUUCUGGAUCGGGUUCCGAUUCUGGAGCUCAAACCUUCAACAAAGUCACUGAAGGCACCUCAGCAGAGAUCCAGACUCAAAAGAUCCACUCUCUGUUUUAUCAAAAUAAGAGAUGGACUUCCAGGACAGAAUUCAAAGAAAAAUGAACUUUAAUGUCGUUAACUAAAAUCAUGAAAACCCAAACCUAGAUCUUUUAAAAUAUCAUCCGAAAAAGACUUUCACAGUUUAUUUCAUAAAUGACGACUUUACUAGAAGUUUAUGAAGUUCGUCUUUACAACGUUUUGUAAUAAACUCUCAUGUUUCAGAUUUCCACAUUUAGUUUUUUCAUCUCAUAACUUCAGGAAUUUAUUUACCUAAAUCUGCAACUGAAGUUUAUUUUGAAAAGGUUUACGACUUCAUUCUGUUUGAGGUUGUUUUAUAUAAUUAUGACAAAAAAACGGAAUAAUCGACUUUAUUCUCACGCGAUAGUUUUCACAAAUUUCCAUCAUUCUCGUGAUUCAGAAAGUUUAUUUCCGUGAACAAAAAAUUUAACUUUUUUCACAUUUACAUUGUCGUCUCGUCCAUUUAAGAUUUAUUCUUGUAAAUUUCAGACUUCACGACAUUUCCUGUUUGAUCUCGUUGAUUUACGACUUUAGAUCUGUGAAUGUCGGUGUUUGUUUUUAGUUCAUCAACUUUUCAGACAUCCUAAAUGAACGAUUUCUCACAGACUCUUUAUAAAGGUUUCAGAUUUAUUUUUGUGAGUUUACAAACUUCAGUAGAUUUCUAAUUAAUCAUACAUUUACAGUUGUUAACUGUCAGCUGAUAAAUGUGAGUUUCUCAUAUUUAUGUAUUCUCAUGACUUGAGGGCCCUCCUCUCUCAUUGUGUAAAUUUACGACUUCACUCUCACCGAUUUGUAGAUUUAUUUCCAGAAAUGGAGUCGGGAAUUCAACAUGUUUAAUUUUAAUUAAGAUUAUUUUUCUCAUAGAUUCUUCUCAUUUUUCUCAUAAACUUCUAUCUUUAUCUUGUAAUUUUCUUACAUCCUUUUGACUGAUUUUUUUUAUAAAUGUGAGACGUCUUUGUUCUUCCCGAAGUGUCCCUAAUCCUCCGUCAUGGGUCUCUGAGGUCUUUGGGUUGUAUUUAAAGAACUUCAGGUUACAGGUGCAGAUCCUGGUCUUGGACUCUCAGUACAACACUUCCCAUGAGCCUCUACAGCUGUUCAACAUCAUCCAGUCACCUCAGCUUAAGUUCAGACAUGCAUAAGCCCCGCGCCCUCACCUGUCACCUGUCAGUCUCCAGCUCUGGGUGUCAGUCCGGCUCCCUCUGGAUCUGGUCCUGGUUCUGGUAUGUGUAAAUAGAGUUGGUCUCUGUAGAUCUCUGUGCUGUCGUCUGUUCUUUAAUCUUUAAUUUUAUUUUUUUAUUCUCCUGUCUGAGUGCGGCUGUAACAGAGUUUUUCAAUAAAAUCAAACCAAACACAAAACUGGCUCUGCUUCAUACUUCAGCCUCCUCCUCCAGAUCUGGACCCAUCCACAGUGGCUAACAGAGAGACUUGUAGUACAGUAUUUCUGAAAGUACCCCUGAACUCUGAAGCUUUUCUAUCUGAGUGUCGGCUAAACUCAAGCAAAUCUUCGUGUUCCUGAUAACGGAUCUGAACUAUGAGUCUCGAACAGUGAGGUGAAGGUGUGCCGAGACUUCCCGGGAUGACCCAAAAGAAGUAAAAGAGAUCCGCCAUCACCAGUCACGAGAACUCCACACAGGGGCUACGUGUUCUAAAUGAAGAAAUGACAUAAGAGUAUUGCAACAGUGGAUGAGGCUUCUGAAAUGUUUCAGAAUCAGAGAUACUUUGAUAAUCUUCAGGGGGAAAUUGCUUUUUGUUACAGUAACUCCAGUGCAAAUAAAGUAGAAAGAGGAGAUAAAUAAUAGAUAAAGGCACGGUUCCUUUGGAAUCAUUUACCGCUCGAGGUUCGGGGGGCAGACACCCUCUCAACGUUGUAAGAGUAGACUUCAAACAUUCCUCUUUGAUAAAGCUUUUAGUUGGGGCUGAUUUGAAGCAGCUCUUAGUUAUGCAGCUUUAGGUUUAGACUGUCGGGGUUAUCUGGCACACUGAGCUAGAGUCUGUCUCUAUCUCUCCUUCAGAUCUUUAUGUCCCAUAUAAGUCACUAACCGGAUUUCUCUGAGUGUCUCUGAGUCUCUUAGCUUCCUCUGGACUGAUGCUGCAGACGGUCUGCUAAGGACCUGCCUGACUCCAGCUGCAUCAUUAUUGAUUGUCCACCUCAGGCCCUGAGCUCCUCCAUCUCUUAGGCUCCUCUAGACCAUUGCUGCAGACAUGUACGCCAGCCUAACUGACAUAAAUAAAAUAAAACUAGAGUAAACUACCACUGAGUUUUUAAUCACCUUAAAUUAAUUUAACUUGGUCCAUAAUUAGUUAUUUCAUUAUCCUGUACAUUGAAGUCAUUUUCUCCCAUCAAAUUGCUAGCCAGAUCUCUCUGUAUGUCUCUGAGCCCCCCAGUCUGCUACGUUCCUCUGGACCAAUGCUACAGACUGUUGGCCGCUGCAGACCUGUCUGACUCCAGCCGCAUCGCCAAUGAUUGUCUGCCUCAGGCCCUGAGCUCCUUCUUCUCUUGGGUUCUUCUGGACUGUUGCUGCAGACAUGAACAUCAGCCUCACUGAUAUUAAUAACAUAAAACUAGAGUUAACUACGAUUGGGCCUGCUGACUGUAAUCACAUUAAAUUAAUUUAAUUAAUUGUCCAUAAUUACUCAUAUCCUAACCCUGUAAACUGAAUUCAUUUUGUUUCACCAUUAAAUGAGCUGUUGUUGCUGUUGCUGUUGUGUUAAUGUUGCUGCUGUCCCCUGUCUCUGUCUCUCUCUCUCUCCCUCCCUCUCCCUUACCUUUUCUCCUCUCCAGGGUUUCUGCCUGUUCAAAGGAAGUUCUUCCUCACUACUGUCACUCAUGUUAGAUGAGAUGGGUCAAAUCCCAUCUUAGGUUGGGUCUUGAUAAUUCAUCAAACAAUAAACAUGGUCUAGACCUGCUCUUGGGAUGACAACUGUUGUGAAUUGGCGCUAUAUAAAUAAAAUUUUAUUUGAUUUGAUGAUUAAAUAAGUCAAAGAAAUAACAUACAAGUAUUACACUAUAUACAACACAAAAAAGUAAAAUAGUAUUAAGCAUAUUUGUUUGUUUGUUUGUUUCCAGAGUAGCAGAUUCUGGUUCCAUAAAGCUAAAUUCUUGAAUGUCAUGUUUCAGGGUCGAAUGGUUCCAACGUUGUGUAAUGUCAGAGCCGUGUCUAAAGAUUCAGUGACCGAGGACUCAAAUUCAGUCUAAACGCAGUUCUCGUCUCUGACCACAUGGUGGUGCUACAGGUCAGCUCAUCUCUCAGUCUCUCUGUUGUGAUUCUCUCAGGUGACUUUUAGAGACAUUUUCAAAGAGCUGUUUUUUCUUGAUCAUGUUUUCAUCCUUUUUUAAAAAUCCACAGAAACAGGAUCGGUGAGUUCAGACAGUCACUCCUCUGUCUCGUCUCUCGGUGGCGUUUGUUGAAAUCAGCUGAUCAGUCAUGGCGUUUAAAGGUAGAGCCAGGUUGAUCUGUAGAUGAGGCGCUGAUCUCUCAUUGGUGGAUGAUGAAGGUCAGUUUGUUGGCGUGUCUGUUCGCUCAGACUCGUCUUCUUUUCUCUUUUUUUUUUUAACUUUUUCAUCCUAAACACAAACUUUUCAAACUGAUGUAUAUCCAUCUCUGACCUCUGACCUCUGAUGAUGUCACUCAAAGAGGUCUUCAAACGUGUUCCUGGUGGUCGGGUUAGUUUAUGAUAGAUCUGAUAUUCAUGUGUUCAUCCUUGUGAGAGUUCAAGUAGAAAUGACUGUUUGAACUAUGCCGAUCUUCAACAACUAAACACACAGAGAGAUAGAGUGUGUGUGUGUGUGUGUGUGUGUGUGUGUGUGUGUGUGUGUGUGUGCACGUGCGUGGGUGUGUGCGUGCGUGUGUGUCAUACUAUUGUUCGCAUUUGUUUGUCUGAACAGAGACUCACCUGACAAACAAAUCAGCCCCGCCCCCUUUUUGGGGGUAAAAGGUCAGACUGGAGCUCUCAGCAGCACGCUGCUCUGUCGUCAUGGAAACAGACCUGAUGAAACUGGGAGGUUUGCAUCAUGUUUGCAUGAGAAGUGGAUAAAAGAAAUCUAAGAGUCUGAGAUUCAAACUGGAGUCCUCCUCAGAGUCUGCUGUCAGCUCUCACCUCCUCCUCCUCUUCACCUCCUCCUCCUCCUCCUCAGCUCUUCACCUACUCUUUCUCUUCCUCCUCUUCAGCUCUUCCUCCUCCUCUUCCUCCCCCUCCUCCUCUGCCUCUUCACCUCCUCCUCCUCAGCUCUUCACCUACUCUUCCUCUUCCUCCUCCUCCUCCUCGGCUCUUCACCUCUUCCACCUCCUCUUUCUCCCUCUCCUCCUCCACCUCUUCACAUCCUUCUCCUCCUCCUCCACUUCUUCACCACCACUUCCUCUUCUUCUUCCUCCUCCACCACCUCCACCUCCUUCUCAGCUCUUCACCUCCUUUUCAGCUCUUCACCUCCUCUUCCUCCUCCUCCUGUUCCUCCUCAGCUCUUCACCUCAUCCUCCUCCUCUACCUCUUUCUCCUCCUCAGCUCUUCACCUCCAUGUUCUUCUUGAUUCUUCCUCACACAAACCCAGGAGUUGUUGUUCUGCCUCUCCUGGGUUUGGUGUGAUUGAGUUGGUGGUUCAGACCUGACCUGGGUCUCUGUGACCCGGCUGGUCCUAAACUGACUGUAGACCUGAACCUGCAUGUGUCUGUGAGUUCAGAGUGAAGAUGAGCUCCAGAUCCUCUGAUCUUCUCUGGGACCGGGUCUUACGGAUGACAUCAGGGUCUGACGCCCCGUCUCAGGGACAGAUUUCCUGAUCUGACCCCGGGUCUUACCUCUGAGAUUACGACUCAAAAGCGCCAUCUAUGUAUAUUAAACAUCCAAGAUGGCAGCUUCCUGUUUUAGAGGAUGGAGAUGAUGCACGGCAAUUAGAGCGGGAACUGACGGUUGUGUGUAUGCCUCUGUGUUAGCACACACUUCAUCACAUGACGCAGUCAUCUGAUAGACUAUAACCGCCCUGGACACGACUUCAAAAUAAAAGCAUAGAAACAAGAGAGGGUCUCGCUGACGUAUCAAGCUUUUGCUUUUAAGAAGAGGAACUAGAUCAAUUCUUCAUAGAUCUUUGACGAAUUGAUCUAUUUUUUGAUAGAUCUAUAGUCCCUGACAAAAGUCUUGUUGUUUACAAGUUGACCUUAAGUGCCCCACAAAUAUAUGUGCAAUCAAUUUUUUUUACAAGAAAUGUCUAAUUUCAAUCCCAACAGCGUUUGAAAUAAUGUUUUGGUGCCAAACGGAACUGCUGAAAAGCAUUCUAAUGUUCACAGCUUGGUAAAGCCCACUGUGUCAGUUUUUGCACAGACAAAAGUCUUGUCCCCUUGUCAUAUGAUGUACCCAAUCCAAGAUUACAGCCUCACCUGUGAUCAAUUAUUGACCAAUCAAUUAGUGGGUGUGUAUACCUUCACAUCAACUGCAACUUGACCUCUGACAACAUGCCUAAGAUUCACCCUGAGACCAAAGCUUUGAUCAUCAAGAGGCUGAAGACCAGAUCCACUGCUGAGGUGGCUGACACCUUCAAUGUGUCUCAGCGUCAAGAACAAAGGAUAAGAAAAAGAUUUAAAGAGACUGGAGAUGUUUUUGACAAGCCCAGGUCCGGCAGACCCCGCAAGACAACUGCUCGGGAGGACCGUUUGUUGGCUCGAAAAUCCAAGGCCAGCCCCUUUUCCACUGCAGCAGAGCUCCACCAGGUCUGGUCACCUCAAGUCCCUGUGUCAACCAGAACAGUUUGUCGAAUUCUGUCUCGACAUGGCCUCCAUGGUCGAAUCAGUGCCCAGAAACCAGCACUGAACAAAAAGCAAUUAAAAAAACGUGUGGCAUUUGCCAAGGCCCACAGCCUGCUAAAAGGAUGGACGCUGGAAAAGUGGCAGAAGGUGGAUUUUUCUGAUGAAUCUUCGGUUGAAUUACAUCACAAUCGUCGCAAAUAUUGCAGGAGACCUACUGUAGUCCGCAUGGAUCUGAGAUUCACCCAGAAAACUGUUAAGUUUGGUGGUGGAAAAAUCGUGGUCUGGGGUUACAUCCAGUAUGGAGGUGUGUGAUAGAUUUGCAGGGUGGAAGGCAAUAUCAAUAGCCUAAAAUAUCAAGAAGUAUUAGCUACCUCUUUCAUUCCCAACCAUAAAAGAGGUCAAAUUUUGCAGCUGGAUGGUGCUCCAUCGCAUACUUCGAUCUCUACAGCAAAGUUCCUCAAGGCGAAGAAGAUCUAGGUGCUCUAGGACUGGCCUGCCCAGUCACCAGACAUGAACAUCAUCGAGCAUGUCUGGGGUAAAAUGAAAGAGGAAGCAUGGAAGACGAAACCAAAGAAUCUUGAUGAACCCUGGGAGGCAUGUAAGACUGCGUUCUUUGCUAUUCCUGAUGACUUCAUCAAUAAGUUGUAUGAAUCGUUGCCGAACCGCAUGGAUGCAGUUCUUCAGGCACAUAGAAGUCAUACAGGAUAUUAAAUAUAGAUCUCACAGCACCACUACUUAAUUCACUGAUGUUGUGCAACAUAUUUUUGUAUUUGAAUAAAUUAUUUGUUCAAUUUUCACAUUACUCUAUGUAGGCGACAAAACUUUUGUCUUGCCAAAAUCUGACCUUUCUGUGUUCAUUAAAUGAUCAAUCUUUCUUCAGUGAAGGAAAUUUAUUUUAGAAUUUAAACAUAAUUUGGGAGGGUUUUAGCUUUCAUAUGAGCCAUUUCUAAAACCAAUGGGUUAAUGACAAGUCAGGUUAUAAGCUGUUGUUUCUACAAAAUGUAUAAGCGACAAGACUUUUGUCAGGCACUGUAUCCUUCAUGUUUGUGACAGCGGGUGAACUCUGCCCUCAGUUUAUCAUAUUUACAGUAUAAAAACUUCACAAUGCUCCUUUAACGUUCAAAUGCUCUGGUACGUCCUCUCCCUCUGCAGGUAAGGACUGGAGGUGUAGAUCCUCAGCUGAUUGUCGGAUCAGGUAACCUAGCAACAACCACACACACACACACUCACACAGACACACACACACAUGCACACACACACAUGCACACAAACACACAGACUCACACUCACACUCUCUAACACACAGACACACACACACACAUUCACACAGAAACACACACACACAUUCUUACACACACACUCUCACACACACUUACUCACACAACUCACACGCACUCACAAACACACGCUCACUCACUCACUCACAGACACACACUCACUCUCACACUCACUCACACACUCACACACGCACUCACUUACUCACUCACACUCAUCCACUCACUCACACACACACACACAUACUCACAGACACACACUCACAUUAUAACACUUACUCACACUCAUACACACUUACACUCACACAGACUCUCUCACACACAAACACACACACACACACUGAAUGAUUCAGGCUGAUCUGGGUACAGUUUCCAGGUUUUUAUUUUAGCACAUGAACUGGUCCCAGCCUACCUCACUACUGGACUACAUCUCCCAUCAUCCUCUCUGGCUUUAAGGCUACAGCAGCUGCUGGGCGCCACAGAGAACAAACUAAAGACAGAUGAACAGGAAGACUGAUUGAAGGUCAGUCUGAAAGAACCCCUGCAGAGGUAAAAGUUCAAACUCUGUCACAUGAUCAUAUUUUUUUGUGGGUGCUGCGUUCAUGUGCCCCUCCAACGGUCUCAGGAAGUGAGCCGUGCGACACAUUUUUUCACAAUUCGCCGUCUUUUGCAGUUUUGCAGCGUAGAAAUGUGCUUUUCUGAUGUGUCCGAUUCCACGGCCCAAAAACUUUGACGUGUCCUGCCUUGUACCUUUGAACCGUGCGUGCGGCACUCUGCCUGUGGUUAUUGCUGCCCCGCAUAAACAGAAAACAGCUGAUCUCAGGUCUGCUUUAAUAAAUGUACAAAAGUCUAAAGUUAAUUUACAAAAAUAAACUCUGAUUGGAUGACACCUGUCCGUCACACCUGUCCAUCAUGUGACACUGAGCAGGUUCAUUUACAAAGACAGUCAUUCACAUUCAGGCUUUUAUUUUGAAAAGACUCCUGGUUGUUGUCUGAGCUGAAUCAGAACCUGAAGCUAAAUUCUCAGACUCCUUUAAUUUUCCAGAAUAAUCCGGUUUAAAAAUCACCUGCAGGAUCAGGUUCUACGAAAAACUUCCCUUAGCAGAUCAUUAGCAUUAGCAUUAGCAUUAGCAUUCGGCUGCCAUGCUACUUUAGCAUUAGCUGGCUAACAUCGCUCAGGUUAGAUCAUUAGCAGCAGAGAUUCAGGAUAUUAGAAAUAACUAUAAAUACAUUAAAUAUCACUGUAAUUAGCCUGAAUCUGUGGCUAACGUUACAGCUAGCUUCCAACACUGCCGUCUUAUUAGCCUACAUUAGCAUAAGUUAGCUGAUGUAGGCUAAUAAAAUCAGCUGAUCUAGAGGCAGCAGUUUGAAGGGGUUUAAGAACAGCUGAUAAUCACCUGCUGACCACACCUGCACGAUGAGUCAACAGAAUUUAACUAGUGACUCAGCAUUCGAGAAAGUCUCCUGUUAGCAAAUGUUAGCAUUGUUAGCUUCUGAGUGCAGCCGGUUCUGAUCCAAACAGGCCAACAUCCAGGAGACCCGGUGCUGGUGGUUCUGAGGACCGGUUCUUUUAGAGUCAGUCCAGGAUCCAACUAAUGACCUGGAACCAAAACUUUAAAGUCUCCAUCUGAGGCUGAAGGGUGACGGUUCAAAACCGCUACCUGAAAACAUUCACAAUUAGAAGAAGAAGAAAAAGAAAAAGCAGAAAAAGGCUGUGUCCAAAAUGAAUCCCUAACCCCUAACCCCCAUAUGGGGUUUCACUAUAUAGCUGACUAUGUAGUGAGCUCAAUCAACUGAGGUUUCCAACAUCACAUGGCAAUACAUUGCACCAUUGUGGCGUCACUGCUCAGACUGCCGAUCUGAAGUUGUGGCUGUUGUUUUCACAUCUCUUGAAUUUUAGGAUGUUGUAUAGAUGUAUUUGUUAUCAGGAUGUUUGUGAAAUAAAAAAAAAAAAGAAAAACCAUAAACUAGUAAUUUCAGGGUUUCCUCUACAUGCUAUUGAUCGUAGCGCACCGCCAUGGCUAAACAAAAGCCACCACACCUAAAUAAAAAAUUUGUUUUUAUCUCACAUAGGUCUACCUCAGACUCAUAUGUAUCAGCAGUGUUUCCCGUACAUUCAUUCGGCAGCGGUGCACCGCUUAAUUAUGUGCGCCGCUACAGAAAUUUCACAUGAUCAUUAAUGUCAAUGCUCCACUAAUGAUCCUACGUGCACUGUGUGAGCACAACAACACACAACGUUAUUUCCGACUUGUUGUGAGUCAUCAAGGAGCGCAUCAAACCUCCUCUAUCAACGUGAAAGGUAACGUUCAAGCUUAUACAUGGUCUGUAUAGCGAGAAGCGCGGGUAACUUCACGUGAAUGUAACAGCCAGGUGCCUUCACUAAUGAGCUCACCGUCCUGGCUGCUCAUUGGAAGCAGCUGGUUCAGUGACAGAGCAGAACAAAUACAUGGCAUGGAGAUGACUUGGUGAUUCCACAAUUCCCAUCUCUGUACGUAUCACUCACGAGUGAAGUGAAGUGAAGAUAAAAAAACUUAAGCUGAAAAUGGCAAACAGAGCUAGGGUUCUGCAUGACGCAUCAUGACGCAUCACGCAAUGCAUGACAGGAUGCCCACCACCGGUGAGUGACCAUCAGAUGGUCAAAACAUUUUGCAAUGCUCUAUGGGAAAUUUUGAGUCACCUAUAUGGGGCAUUGGAAUUGAUCACUCAGGUUUCGGACACCCCUCAAAAUGGCGCUAACCCCCAUAUAGUCGCCUAUACAGGGGUUAGGGAUCCACUUCGGACACAACCUAUGAGAAAGAAAAAGAAAAAACAAGCAGAUAAAGAAAAAAGAUGAAGAAAAAGAAGUAGAAGAAGAAAAAGAGAAAAGAGAAAGGGAAGAAAGACAUAAAGAAGAGGACGAGGAAGAAGAAAAGAGGAAGAGGAAGAUACAGAGCAGAGUCUGGUUUGAAGACUCUUUUGCUGGUUGUUUGUUUCUCAGUUGUUGGAGUUUCAGUAGCCUGGCUGGGCCAUCCAGUUGCGUGAAUCACUUGCCGUUCCUUACCACAAUCUGGACUUCGGCCAAUUGGGAGCCCUAAAAGUGGGUGGGAGUACUUUCCUUGAUAGACAGACUACUGUAACCAAUCACUAUAACCAAACAUCUGACGUCAUCACAGUGCGCAACUGUGUUCCCUGCUGGGCUCUCAAGCAUCAAGUAAAGGUUUGGUAAUAUUUCAACAUGUGCGAGCAAACAAUGUCUUUUACGUCUUCUUCUGCGGAUAUAAGCGAUUUCUGCCAACUUUGCAAAGUCAACUGCAGAAUUAUCGGCGUUCUGAAUGAAAGGCGCUUUGAAAAGUCCUGCAGCAUGUGUUAGACAUCACCAUCUACACAUGGACCAAUCACGGGCUGCCUUUCCCUGUUGUCCAGGGAACAGUGGAAACACGGUCUCUGAUUGGCCCGGUUAUUUUCUGAUUUCUGAUACAUGCUCCCAAUUGGCCGAAGUCCAGACUGUUGUGGGAAGGAACAGCAAGUGAUUCACGCAACUGGAUGGCCCAGCCAGGCUAGAGUUUCAGAUCUUCAGCUUAUCUCCAACAGUCCAAACAAACAUCUGAGACUCUUUUUUCACAAACCAAGAACUGAACAGGAACCAGUUUGGACCAUGAACAGAACUCAGCGCUAACUGCAGGGUUAGUCUUUAACAUGAAUUAGACAUAUAUAUAAUUAUACGAAAGUUUUCUUAGUGCUUGAAUAUAAGGCAAGCACUAAAAUAACUUUGAUAACGAUAAUAACUGUGAUUUCCGAGGAAAUCUGAACGCAGCAUUAGUUUCUGCUUCCUGGUUAAAGAAAAUGACCUGUGGAGCUCAGCAUCAUCACCAACUGUUUAAUCAGCUGCUUCUGAAUGAUUUUAGAUGCUGUCAGAGUUCUGCCGAUCAAAACACGGUCAAGCUUUAUGUUGAAAGUGUCUGCUAGCUUUCAAAGCUGUUUUAUUUUGAAGUCCUCUGUCUGUUUCUGUCAGAUGUGGAUGCCGCCGACGUAAGAGGGGAGAAGAGGAAGCGAGAUGCAGAGGACGAAGGCGACGAUGAUGACGAUGAAUAAUCCAAUAACCUUCAAACACUGAAACACCUGGACCCCACCCCCACUUCACUGCAGUGACCUCUGACCCCGCCUGGCGGCUGACCUCAGAGCUGCAGACUGACAGUUAAUUCACAUAAACAGACUGAGUUUUAGGUUUGACCGUUAAAACUGUUCGUUUGUGAAAUCCUUGCUGAGAGCGGCGCUGACCCGUCGACCUGGUUACACACUUUAGAAUUUCCAAACAAACAUCUUGAUGAAAGUUCAGGAGGAGCUGGUCCGACUUCGACCUGCAGAGGAACAUCAAGAGGCGAUGAUACGUUUACUGUCCGUAGGAGAAAGGACCGCCUCCUGAUCUGAUGAUGAUGUUUUAAGCAGAGGUCAAAGGUCACUGUGGUCCCGUUAACUGAAAUAUUUGAAGAUUCUGGAUCGGGUUCCGAUUCUGGAGCUCAAACCUUCAACAAAGUCACUGAAGGCACCUCAGCAGAGAUCCAGACUCAAAAGAUCCACUCUCUGUUUUAUCAAAAUAAGAGAUGGACUUCCAGGACAGAAUUCAAAGAAAAAUGAACUUUAAUGUCGUUAACUAAAAUCAUGAAAACCCAAACCUAGAUCUUUUAAAAUAUCAUCCGAAAAAGACUUUCACAGUUUAUUUCAUAAAUGACGACUUUACUAGAAGUUUAUGAAGUUCGUCUUUACAACGUUUUGUAAUAAACUCUCAUGUUUCAGAUUUCCACAUUUAGUUUUUUCAUCUCAUAACUUCAGGAAUUUAUUUACCUAAAUCUGCAACUGAAGUUUAUUUUGAAAAGGUUUACGACUUCAUUCUGUUUGAGGUUGUUUUAUAUAAUUAUGACAAAAAAACGGAAUAAUCGACUUUAUUCUCACGCGAUAGUUUUCACAAAUUUCCAUCAUUCUCGUGAUUCAGAAAGUUUAUUUCCGUGAACAAAAAAUUUAACUUUUUUCACAUUUACAUUGUCGUCUCGUCCAUUUAAGAUUUAUUCUUGUAAAUUUCAGACUUCACGACAUUUCCUGUUUGAUCUCGUUGAUUUACGACUUUAGAUCUGUGAAUGUCGGUGUUUGUUUUUAGUUCAUCAACUUUUCAGACAUCCUAAAUGAACGAUUUCUCACAGACUCUUUAUAAAGGUUUCAGAUUUAUUUUUGUGAGUUUACAAACUUCAGUAGAUUUCUAAUUAAUCAUACAUUUACAGUUGUUAACUGUCAGCUGAUAAAUGUGAGUUUCUCAUAUUUAUGUAUUCUCAUGACUUGAGGGCCCUCCUCUCUCAUUGUGUAAAUUUACGACUUCACUCUCACCGAUUUGUAGAUUUAUUUCCAGAAAUGGAGUCGGGAAUUCAACAUGUUUAAUUUUAAUUAAGAUUAUUUUUCUCAUAGAUUCUUCUCAUUUUUCUCAUAAACUUCUAUCUUUAUCUUGUAAUUUUCUUACAUCCUUUUGACUGAUUUUUUUUAUAAAUGUGAGACGUCUUUGUUCUUCCCGAAGUGUCCCUAAUCCUCCGUCAUGGGUCUCUGAGGUCUUUGGGUUGUAUUUAAAGAACUUCAGGUUACAGGUGCAGAUCCUGGUCUUGGACUCUCAGUACAACACUUCCCAUGAGCCUCUACAGCUGUUCAACAUCAUCCAGUCACCUCAGCUUAAGUUCAGACAUGCAUAAGCCCCGCGCCCUCACCUGUCACCUGUCAGUCUCCAGCUCUGGGUGUCAGUCCGGCUCCCUCUGGAUCUGGUCCUGGUUCUGGUAUGUGUAAAUAGAGUUGGUCUCUGUAGAUCUCUGUGCUGUCGUCUGUUCUUUAAUCUUUAAUUUUAUUUUUUUAUUCUCCUGUCUGAGUGCGGCUGUAACAGAGUUUUUCAAUAAAAUCAAACCAAACACAAAAC